UUAAGUUUUUCGCUCGUUCUGGUGUUUGAAUGGUGACUAAUGUAGAAUUACAUCACAAAUGUUUCGGAUUAGUUCCUAAUUGUGGAAAACAUGGUUCAUGCACGUGACAAGGGUGUUUAUCAACAAAAACUAACUCGAAGAUUAUCCUGUGACUGGAAUAAUGUCCUUAGCCUAUUAUUACCUUAAGAAAUAUCGAUCUCAAAGCUCACCGUACAAAUGUGAGAACCCUACAAGUGCGUUAUAAAUUCAGUAGAGAAUUGUUUUACUUAUUUCAAGUAAAUGCAUCAGAAGCUGGUUUAGCGUACUAUCGUGAUUUAUUAGUGAUUGUAACUGGCGUGUGGUAUGUUAGGGGUGAACAAAAAAUUCAAGAUCGUGUGAAUUAAUUAAAGUGCCUAUGAGAUCUCUAAAUGGGCAAAUUAAGUAGUAGUCGGACACACAGAAUCCGAGUCUGUAGACCUAAACCUGUGUGGGGGCCUCUGCCGCGUAGGAUUUCGGAUUUUCGAGUUUCAGCCAGAACACGGGUAAUCCCAUCAUCCAAUGUUACCGUAGGAAUGGAAAUAUUGAGAGGAGUUUACUCGUUUACUCAGAUAAGUCACGUCACUAUAGAUUCACUGAUUUUUCGACUGCACAGCAAUGCUACUGUGAUAUUGUUAGUAACCUUUUCCAUCGCCAUUACCACGAGGCAGUAUGUAGGAAAUCCCAUAGAUUGUAUUCAUACGAGAGACAUUCCAGAAGACGUGUUGAAUACAUAUUGUUGGAUUCAUUCGACCUACACUGUGGUACAAGAUUUUAAAAGAACCAUUUAUGCUGCUGCUUAUCCUGGCGUAACAACUUUGAUCUCGAGAAAUCAUUCAAAUCCCCAAAUGAAACAGGUGAAAUACUACCAGUGGGUAGCUUUCAUGUUGUUCUUUCAGGCAAUCCUGUUUUAUACGCCGAGGUGGUUAUGGAAGUCUUGGGAAGGAGGAAAAAUUCACGCUCUCAUGAUGGAUUUAGAUAUUGGAAUUUGCUCCGAUAUCGAAAAGAAGCAAAAGAAAAAGUUAAUGUUGGACUAUCUUUGGGAAAAUUUAAGAUACCACAACUGGUGGGCGUAUAAAUACUAUUUAUGUGAAUUCCUAGCCUUUAUUAAUGUUAUUGGGCAAAUGUUUCUCAUGAAUCGGUUCUUCGAUGGAGCAUUCCUCACAUUCGGAAUAGACGUAUUAAACUUCAUGGAUAGCGAUGAAGAGGAUCGGGUCGAUCCGAUGAUACUCAUAUUCCCGAGAAUGACAAAAUGUACAUUUUAUAAAUACGGUGUUUCCGGCGAAGUGGAAAAGCACGAUGCGAUCUGCAUUUUACCGUUAAACGUAGUGAACGAAAAAAUUUACGUAUUUCUUUGGUUCUGGUUUAUAAUACUCGCUUGCUUAACGUUUGCCACUAUAAUUUAUAGAAUAAUUAUUAUAUUUUCUCCGAGAAUGAGGGUGUACUUGUUAAGGAUACGCUAUAGGCUUAUUAGAAAGGAUGCUAUAGAUUUGAUUGUAAGACGAAGUAAAAUGGGCGAUUGGUUUCUAUUCUACAUGUUAGGUGAGAAUGUCGAUUCUGUAAUAUUUCGUGAUGUUAUGCAAGAAUUAGCGAAUAGACUUUUGAAACAUAAUUUUCAUCAUAUGGGUGGAUUUAAAAGUGAUAUCCAAGACGCCUAGUGCCUUUUUAUACUGUGUUCAUGUAGAAAGAUGUUUUCCUCCGACCAAUAAAAUAUCUUUACUUAUGAUUAUUAUCGUGAGGCUGACGGCCAAGAAUAGGAAUUCAAUAUUCGAAUUACACCAAGCUUUAAAAAGUUUGAUAUAAUUAGAUUAGGUUUUUUAUAUUUUCA